AGAAAGGAAAGAAAAGAAAAGGGAAGGAAAGAAAGAAAAUUUGGGGUUUCAAGGUUUCAAGCUCAAUUGCUAAUGUCGUGCAAGAGUCAUUGCCGAGAAAGGAAAGGGGAAGGUGAUCAAGGAGUGACUCGAGAAAAUUUACGGUGGUCGCGGGACACACACAAUUCAAUUUGACAAGACACUCCUUAUAUUGAUGAACUCGUUACCCUUUCACUCAGCCUUAGGCACUCAAAUUCUCUACAAAGUAAGAAGACAAAACCUCGACUAGGGAUAAUAUUGACUCAUUGAGAGAUCUGCCAAUUCUUGUUAAACAUUACUUCAAAAACUUCUAUGAAAAGAAUUGGUCUCCUCUAAACAAUGAGGUUAAAAUUUUUGAAUAAUAUUAUUUUGCAUUAAUGACCUGAAAUAAAAAUUUUAUUAUUUAAUAAAUUAAAAAUAGAAUAAAAAAUUAAUUAUAUUUAUAGUUUUUUUUUUCAAUUUUUUUAAAGAAUGGGAGUGGAAAUGAGGUUGAGGAAGAAGUUGAAUCAUGUGAUAUUCAUUUGGCUCACAAUGAAAUUGCAUGAGACAAUAUAUAUUUCAUGUGCAGACGGACCAAUCGAUGUGUUUCUUUCUCUUUGCUUCGUCAUCCUCGAUGCAUUAACCUUUUAUAAUGCCGCCUUCUGCACUCUCUUUCCCAGCUGGCCUUUUACCAUUUUAGUGAUUUCCAGUUUGUAGGGAUUUUUUUUAUAAAUAUUCCUUUUGUUUUUUAUGUACUUUUCAGAUAUUUUAAUUAAAACAUAAAAAAUUUUAAUAAUUCUACCUUACUUCAAGUAAUAAUUAAAGUUUAUAUCUGACAUGUAAAUAGCAUUACUUUCCCUCCUCAUAUUUUAAUUAUACAUAUAUAAUCAUAUCCUAUAUUCUCAAAAUAUUUUAUGAACCCUUAUUACCACGUCAUUUAAGAUCCUUUCGACACAUCUUUGAUUUAAAAUUUAAUCCAAAUAUAUAUAAUAUAAAAAAAUAUAAUUAACAUUAUAUAUAUUAGUGGUGGACGUGCAUUGGCUUUCUCAAUAUGAUUGAAUACAUAAUUGCGAAAAAAUUAAAAUCAAAUACAUUUUCAGUCAAAAGUUUUUAAAGCUAGAUAUAUAAAUAGUAUAUAAUAACAUGACAUGUCUCUAAUCCCAAUGAAAAGUUUAUGAUUUUCUUCAAGUGGUUUUUCUUUGAUUAUAAGGAGGUCCAACAGUGGAGAUGAAUGGUUGAGGGAUUGCAGAGAGUGUUGGGUCCUGUGUGGAGUUGAAUGUUGAGAAAUAGAAGGUAAGGGGAGCGAUGGAGAAAGGGAUGUUGGUGUUAGGGUUAGUAGCAAUUAUGGUGGUAGGUGUAGUGGUGGUGGUGGAGAGUAGUGUUGAAGGAGAUGGGAGAUCCUUGAUUAUUAAUGGACAACGAAAGCUUCUGUUUUCUGCUUCUAUACAUUAUCCUCGAAGCACCCCUGAGAUGUGGGGAUCAUUAAUAGGCAAAGCUAAAGAGGGAGGGAUCGAUGUGAUACAGACAUACGUGUUUUGGAACCUUCAUGAGCCUGGAAAAGGGCAGUAUGAUUUCAGUGGAAGAGCUGACAUCGUUAGAUUCAUUAAGGAAAUCCAAGCACAUGGCUUAUACGCAAGUCUCAGGAUUGGUCCCUUUAUCGAGGCCGAAUGGAAUUACGGGGGAUUACCUUUCUGGUUGCAUGACGUCCCAGGCAUUGUUUACCGAUGCGAUAAUGAACCUUUUAAGGUACAGGUGCAUAUGCAGAAUUUCACCACAAAAAUAGUAAACAUGAUGAAAUCAGAAAACUUAUAUGCUUCACAAGGUGGACCUAUCAUACUAUCACAGAUUGAGAAUGAGUAUGAAAUGGUGGAACAUGCAUUCCAUGAGAAAGGACCACCGUAUGUGAGAUGGGCUGCACAAAUGGCGGUUGCACUUCAAACUGGGGUUCCCUGGAUGAUGUGCAAACAAUAUGACGCUCCUGAUCCUGUGAUCAACACUUGCAAUGGGAUGAAAUGCGGGGUAUCAUUCCCGGGGCCAAAUUCACCAAACAAACCAUGGCUUUGGACUGAAAAUUGGACAACUUGGUAUAGAGCAUACGGUAAAGAACCAGAGACAAGAUCUGCCCAAGACAUUGCUUUCCAAGUUGCUCUUUUUGUUGCAAGAAAUGGGACAUUCGUCAACUAUUAUAUGUAUCACGGUGGAACAAAUUUUGGGAGAACAACCUCAGCGUUCACAACAACAAGUUACUAUGACGAUGCCCCCCUCGACGAGUAUGGGUUCAUUAGACUGCCAAAAUGGGGGCAUUUGAAGCAACUGCACGAAGCAAUCAAGUCAUGUUCAAAUCCUAUAUUAUUUGGAACCCAAUUUACACUCUCUCUUGGUCAACAACAAAUGGGGUACAUUUAUCAACGAAAUUCAGGCGAAUGUGCUGCUUUUCUAGUCAACCAAGACGAUACGAAAUCCGUUGCUGUGAUAUUUCACAAUUCUUCGUAUGAGUUGGGUCCAAGUUCAGUUAGCAUUUUGCCUGAUUGCAAGAACGUAGUCUUCAACACUGCCAAGGUAAAUGUUAAGAACAACACGAGAUUGAUAACAACAGGCAAGAAGUUUAACGAAUCCGAAAUGUGGCAAGAAUUCAAAGACAUUAUUCCUACAUUCGCAGACACAUCAAUGAGAUCCAAAACAUUGCUAGAGCACAUGAAUACAACCAAAGACAUGUCGGAUUAUCUUUGGUACACUUUUAGCUAUCAACAUGAAUCAUCAAACAGUAAAGCAGUGCUUAGUGUGCGCUCGGCUGGCCAUGUUUUGCAUGCGUUUGUCAAUGGUGCUUCGGUUGGAUCUGGCAAUGGAAAUCACGAGAAGGUAAACUUCACGCUAGAUAAUACAAUUACAUUAAACAAUGGCAGUAACAACAUCUCCCUCUUAAGUGUUACGGUUGGUUUGCCGGAUUCAGGAGCCUUUUUAGAGAGAAAAGCCUUGGGGCUUCGAAGAGUAAGGAUUCAUGAUAUACAAAAUUCAAAGGAUUUGAGCAAUCAUCGAUGGGGAUAUCAGGUUGGACUAUUAGGAGAAAAAUUACAAAUAUAUAUAGACCACUCCUCAAGCAACGUUCAAUGGAGAAAUUUUACUUCUUCCAACAAUCCCCUUACAUGGUACAAGGUUAGAUUUGAUGCACCAGCUAAAAACGAGUCUUUUGGAUUAAACCUCGAAAGUAUGGGAAAAGGUGAAGUAUGGAUCAAUGGGCAAAGCAUAGGUAGAUAUUGGGCUUCAUUCCUUACAUCUCAAGGAUCACCCUAUCAAACUUGGUACCAUGUGCCAAGGUCAUUCCUUAAACCUAAAGACAACUUGCUUGUUAUUCUUGAAGAGCAAAAUGGGUCGCCUCUUGGAAUUUCCUUGGACAUCAUAUCAACCAUUUGAGACAUUGUUUGAGAAAAUUAGAGUGUUAAUUCUUCAAAUAUCGGGAAAAGAAUUUGAGCUGAGGCUAUUUUAUUUCUAGCAUCAAGAUAUUUUUUAUUUUAUUUUUAAAUUUUUUAAGUUAUUUUAUUUUCAAUUUUACCUAUGCUAAGUUACGGAAAUUACAAUGGAAUAAUAUAUAUAUAUAUAUAUAUAUAUAUAUAUAUAUACUUUCUUCAAUUUUAUAAAACUAAUAAAAGUUCAGUUAUUAAUUUCUUUU